AUGGACGGAGAGUACAAUCAACACCAGAGGAAUCCUCAGCAGGCUCCCCCUGGGAAUCAGGUCCUGGGGAACAACCCCAUACCCCAGGAUCAUGAGGUUCAUCAUCCACCGCCGCCGGGUCCCACCUUGGAGUACUACUACACUCCACGGAUUGCUGACAUCCGCCCGGUCAUCCUCUACCCGCCUAUUCCAGCAAACAACUUCGAGAUCAAGCCAUGCUGGAUUCAGCUCAUUACAUCCUCUAUCCAGUUCCAUGGCUUGAAGGAUGAGGAGGCCAGGGUACAUCUUUCCCGUUUUCUGCAGCUGACGAACGGGUUCAAGCUGAAUGGUGUCCCUGAUGAUGCAAUCCGCCUUCACCUUUUCCCUCAUUCUCUGGCAGGGAAUGCUAAGAGGUGGUUGGAGACCAAGCCCCCAUUGUCCAUCACCUCUUGGGACGAUCUGGCUGACAAGUUCGUGCAUAGGUACUAUCCGGCAUCGAAGACUACAGAGAUCCAGCGGGAGAUCACUCACUUCCGCCAAGAGCCAGAUGAGUCGCUUCGUGAUGCUUGGGAGCGGUACAUGGGAUAUUUCUGGCAGUGUCCCCAUCAUGGCUUUAGUGAUGCAUUCACAAUGGGGAACUUCUACAGUGCUCUCUCUCCAGACAGCCAGAGGGUGAUGGAGUCUCUAUGCCCAGGAGGGGAUAUUCUUACUAAAACUCCACCCGAGCUGAACCAGAUGAUCAAUACCUUGGCUGCCAGAGAUCAUUCUUGGGGGCAGAGCAGCAGAGGCAGACAUUCCCGGGACCGUGGUGUGCACGCCAUGGAGACCAGAUCCGGGCUCGAGCAACAGGUAGCUGAGUUGGUGCAGAAAUUGAAGCAGCCCAAUAGUCUUAUUCCGGGCAGAGGUUUGGCUACACCUCCAGUAGCUCAAUGUCAGUGGUGUGAGAGCUCAAAUCACCUAGUGGAGGACUGCCAGGCUAUGAGGGAGUCUACUACUCCCCAAGAGUAG